AUGAGUGAUUUGCAAUAUUCAUCCAUAAUAAAAAAACUCCAAAAAUUAAUUCAAAAAGGUGAAAUAUUCCAAGUUGUACCAUCUCGAAAGUUUUUUCUUACCUUGAAUAAUUCAUUAGCAGCUUAUCAAGAAUUAAAAAAAAGUAAUCCUAGUCCUUAUAUGUUUUUCAUGCAAGAUGAAAGUUUUAUAUUAUUUGGAGCAUCUCCAGAAAGUUCUUUAAAGUAUGAUGAAAAAACAAGACAAAUAGAACUUUAUCCCAUAGCUGGUACUAGACCUAGGGGUAGAAAAAAAGAUGGAACUCUAGAUUUAGAUUUAGAUAGUAGAAUAGACCUUGAAAUGAGGACUAAUCAUAAAGAAUUAGCCGAACAUUUAAUGCUUGUAGACUUAGCUCGAAAUGAUCUUGCACGUAUUUGUGAACCAGGAUCUAGAUAUGUUUCAGAUUUAGUAAAGGUAGACAAGUAUUCUCAUGUAAGGCAUUUGGUCUCUAAAGUAGUAGGUAAAUUAAGAGGUAGAUUAGAUGCUCUUCAUGCAUAUUCUGCUUGUAUGAACAUGGGAACAUUAACUGGAGCCCCUAAGGUACGUGCAAUGCAACUGAUUGCUGAAUAUGAAAAGGAAUGCAGAGGAAGCUAUGGGGGGCUAUAG